AUGGAUCAAAUGUUGGUUGACCUUGCUAGGCACCAUCCACCUAUACUAGAUGCUGAACCAAUAGCAUGUGCCAAAGCUUUCUAUAGGAUGGUUGCUAGUGCAGAUGAGUUGGUGCAUGAUAGAACCACACACUCACGCUUGUCUGUUGUAGCUCGCUUGUUUGCUGUGAAGUCACGGUACAACAUGUCCAUCGCAGAAUAUGAUGAUAUACUAGGCAUAGUACACGAACUCCUUCCUCCUGACUCUAAGUUACCUAAUGACUUCUACCCGAAAAUUAUUAGAGGGUCUUGGUGUAUCAAAAAACUUAGGAAAAAAGUAAGAAAUAAGGCUCAUGUUGAGGCUGGCAUUGUUGGGUCAUUUCUUGUUGAAGAGGCUGCAAAUACACUAAGUCUUUAUUUUAGAUCCCAUGCUCCAUCUGUUAGAAAUAAGGUGCCUCGCUACGAUGAUUGUGCAUUUUCAUUUCAAGGUACAUGUGACCUUGACAUUUUUAAAUGCCCGAGUCGUUGCAUGAGCCCUAGAGGCGUUCAUGAACUCUCAAACAAGGAGUACAAGGUUGCUUUUUUAUACAUAUUAACAAACAUGCCAGAGAUGGAUGCUUUCUUCAACAUUCACAAUGCUUUGUUCCAAAUAUCCUAUGGUUACUGCCCUCGAGUUAGGUUCUAUGGGUGUUAUGAUGUCAAUGGCUAUAGAUUCCGUUCAAAGAAGUAUGAGAGUGGAAGAGUAGUGUUGACAACUAUCAAUAGUGGUGUUUGUGUAACUUCUUUUGAUGAAUCAGACAAUGCUUUAGAGUAUUAUGGAAUCAUAGAAGAUAUAAUUAAAAUUGAGUGGGAAGACAGCAUGAAACUAGAGUUGGUGCUGUUUUAUUGCUCCUGGUUUGAUCCAACACCCAAUGGAUUAAGACGUACUGAAGAUCUAGGCUUGGUAGAGAUCAAUCAUACAUUAAGAUUAUCAAAUUUUGACCUAUUUAUGAUGGCUAGUCAGGUUACUCAAGUGUACUAUCUAUCAUACCCGUGUAAGAACAGGGAGUUGUCUCCAUGGUGGGUUGUCUACCAUGUUGCUCCACAUGGAUGUGUGCCUAUGAAUGAAAGCAAUAGUGAAGCUAUGAAUAUGGAAGGGGUAGUGCUGGAUGUCUACCAAGCGGAUGGUUUGGAUGGCACCUUUGUUAUUGAUUUGAGUGAUGCCUUUGACUCCAUAAUUGCAACGGGAUCAGAUGAGGUUACUGACCCAAAAGACUUGGAAGCAAUACAGAAACAAGUUGUUCUAGAUGAGUAA